AUGAAAAGCGGUCACUUUUGGCUACUAAUUUCCCCAAAAGGCAGCCGAUAUGCGCAUAUUGCGAGCGAAUACCUCGCCAAAAUACCAAUUUCAGGGUAUACACCUCAUGGGGCCCGAUCUCGAUCAGAAAUUGCCGUCUACAGCGAUUUCUUCGAAUCAAAAGGCGAUCCUGUAAUGAUAUUCGCAAUGGUGAUUGCCAAGGAUGGUGGUUCAAUGGCACGUCUCGAGCACAUGGAAGAGGCAGUGAAGCAACUUGAAUUUGUCACCAACAAUAUAACCUACGACGGACAGUCGUUCACCACGCUAUGCUCUGACUUUUGCCUCAUCAAUGAACCAAUUCGGCAAUUCUAUAAUGGUAUGAUGAUGAAGGUCAACUCAUCCUCCAUGCACACUCCUAUUUCGACCACAUUCCCCAUCAUGGAUGUUCUUGGAAAGGAGCUCGAUCUCAGUCCCAACUUUUUUGGUGUCAGAACGAAUGGGACCGAUGGCUCCAUUGAGUUUUUGAAAGUCGUUGGUUUCCAACUGCGAGCCAAUGCACCGUCGAACUGGACAAAAUACGACGUACAGACGUAUGAGCGACUGGUUUCGUCUUACCUUGAU